UUAUGGAACAGCACAUAGAAUGAAGAUGAAGAAAGAUAUGCAAAAUGAGGAAGAAAAUCACCCUUAUAUCCGAUGAACUGAGCACAAAGUUGACCCCGAGAAACAGAUUCACUGAGUCCAUCCAGGGUUUAUGGUGAUUUGUGUUUAACUAGAAAUCACUCCAGAUGGAUGCCCUGGGCAGGACCUUGGCUUUGGGGACACUGAUCUCCAUCACCAUUUUGGUGCCAGAUGUGACUGUUAACACUCCAGUGUCUGUACAGAUGGGUACAAAGGCUCAGCUGUGCUGCCCUCCCAUUUCAUUGACAAAAACAGUCUCAAUAACGUGGAAAAUAACCCUCAGAGGCCAGCCUCCCUGCACAAUAUCCUACAAAGUGGCAACAAAGGAGAUCAGUGAAGCCAACUGUACCGACAGGAGAAUCACCUGGGCCUCCACACCUGGCCAGAGUCCUCAUCUUCAGAUCAAUACAGUGGCCCUCAGUCACGAUGGGCAGUAUUUAUGUGAGGUGGCAUCACAUGAAGGGCAUUUCCAAGAGAGACAUGACCUCCAUGUUGUAGUCCCUCCUGAAGUAACCCUGUUUCCAGGGAAAAACAGAACUGUAGUUUGUGAGGCCAUUGCAGGCAGGCCUGCUGCUCAGAUCUUUUGGGCUCCAGAUGGCUAUCAUGUCACUGCGAAUGAAUCACACAGCAAUGGCACUGUGACUGUCAGGAGCAUAUACCACUGGGAGCCCAACAAUGAGUCUGCUGUGCUCUGCUUUGUCUCCCAUGUGACUGGCAACAAGACUCUGCAAAUAACACUGAACAGAGAUAAAGGUGUCACCAGCCCUCUGAAUUCCUUGCUGACCAUUCUCUAUGUGAAACUUUCCCUUUUGGGGAUUAUUCUGCUCAUUAUAGGAUUUGUUUUCUUCCAAAGAGAAACCAUUUCAGAGAAUAAAAAUCCUGAUUUUUGAAGCCCAUUAGCCUGAUGACACAAUACAAGAAAAUAGCCUGUUGUAAUCACCUCUCUUAUGGACAACCAGCCCGCCUAUUCCUGAUGUCUUCAUGUUUGUUGGCAGCCAUGCAGUAUGAAUAUGCAGGCAAAAGCUUGGUCCUUUCCACCAUGCUUGUAUGAAUGGCUUUCUCCCCUCUCCCUUCCCCACUUCUCAGGCCAAAGAAGAAGAUGGCUUAGCAAAAGGUGAGCAACAGUGCUGGCUGGAUUUCCUUCACCCACAUCCUCUGGGAGUGGCUUCCAUCAACUUCCUGUUCCUGGCACAUUUUAUAUGAUCAUGAAUGUUACACCCUCAAGUACCAUGACAAACAGCACCUUCAAGUCAGCUAGUAUCUGUCCUUAUUUCUUUGCUUCCUUGCUACCAAGUAGCUGGAGAGUUGUCUUUUGUAUUAACCAUUGAAUACAUAGCUAGGAUCUAUUUUUUAGCUGUAUCUCUGUACUUUAGGAGAACUUAAAAAUUGAGCCCAGAGAAGACACUGCCAGCAUCAUGGAGAUAACACUCAAAACCCCCUUACUGUUUACAGCCCCAGAGUCUGUAUCCCUUUGCUGUUUGCAUUGUGACUUACAUGAGUUGGGAUGGAUCAGUGAAUGUAAGGAUAAGACAUGGGUGAACCCUAAUAACUGUGAACCCAGACCUUGUCUUAAUUUGACACACAUAGUAGUCCUAUAAUAAAAAAUAUACUUUUAGUUCAAAGAACAAUUUCUUGGGUAAAGUGGCAUGUGGUUUGGCCUAUUAUAUUUAGUGUUUGUAAAGUUAUAGAGAGAAAUGAAUGUAUAAUGCUAAAGGAUACUUUUAAAAGUUUAAGUGUUGCAGAAAAUGAAAAGAUGUGGAUUCCUUCCAGACUAAUGUGGUUUGAUCCCGCCAGACCGCCUGAAACAUAGUACAAGGUGAUCCUACAUUCAAAACAACUAGACAAAAAAGACCUACAGACUACAGCCAGGAUAUCUGAAUCUUCUUCGAAUCCCCCAUGACAGCGCCCCUUACCAGCAGGAAGUAGUUUGGAAAGAACAA